UCCACGAAGCUAGCAGAGCUCUAGUGGUGAUUUCGUGAACUUGUUUCCCGUGUUAAUGAAAGUGAAAAGUGAGGCUGCGGAGCGAUGUAUGUUUUUUCGUGUUAUAAGGUCACCGUGACGUAGACUGGAGACGCAGAAAAGAAAGUCUUAAAUCGAAACUACUAUCGAGACAGCGUAUAAGGCUUAGUUCUCCAAGUUAGCUAUCAUGCAAAAGCAACGAAAGUUUUUUAAUUUUAAACUAAGGCAUGACGGCCGAUGGCAUAUCCCGUUACCGUCGGGGCCUUUCACGGUGGGCUGCACAGACAUCAUGACCAGUUAUUCCAAGUCCGGGAUAUUUGUGAGAUUGUUUUACCCUGCAGCUCAGAAUGGUAUUUUGGAACGUAGCUCUCAAUGGCCUCUUAUGAUUCCUCAUCCACUGUACCUCGAGGGUAUUGCAGAUUUUCUUGGGUUUCCACCUUCAGUUAUUCGUUUUGUGAACCGACACUUCAUUGGUAAUGUUCACUGCCCUGCUUUGUGGAAUGCUGCCCCGAUGACAGAAAGUCGCAAGUUCCCAGUUGUUGUUUUCUCUCACGGUCUUGGAUGUUGUCGUACUUCAUAUAGUACCAUUUGUCUAGAGCUGGCCUCCAAUGGCUAUAUUGUGGCAGCAGUCGAACAUAGAGAUUAUUCAGCUUGUUUAUCGUCUUAUGUCAUAAAAGAAACGCGAUCGAACUUUGAAGACACGCCUGACAUUAAAGGUAGUGAUAACGAAGAUAGUAACUAUAAACAUAUCGAAGACUUAGUCAAAAAGACGAAUGACUUUAAAGUGAAUACUGCUGUCACGGAAGUAGACUUUGAAGAUGUACGACCUGAGCUCAAGUACUUGGGGAGUCAAAACCAGUAUCUUGGUAUUCCACAUACAUCGAGGAAAUGGGUUUAUUACCGUCAACUUAAGAAAAGUGCAAAUGAAUACAAAGUUCGCCACAACCAAACAAAACAGCGAGCUUAUGACUGUAUUCAAGUACUGGACCUUCUGGAAGCCCUAAACAAUGGUCUUCCCAUACACAAUGUGAUCAACCUUUCUUUCCAAGCCAGUCAAUUUAAAGGAAUUAUGGACCUCUCCAGAGCUGCAGUGGCCGGACACUCGUUUGGGGGCACCACUGUUGUUCUCUCGCUUGCACUGGAUCUCCGAUUCAAGAUAGGCUUAGCCCUAGAUUCAUGGAUGUUCCCGUUACAGAAGAACCAAGAGAUUUUUUCUAAAGUGACUCAGCCCAUAUUGUUCGUUAAUAUGGAGAAGUUUCAGACACUAGAGAACCUGAGAGUCAUGAAAAAUUUGGAAUCCAAAAAAGUCGAUCGCAAAGUAGUAACUGUCAAAGGUGCAGUCCAUAUGAACCAAAUUGAUGUAGUAUUUGGGCUUGGUCCAAUCUUACGAAUGUGUAUCGGGGCUUAUUCUCGAGUCAACCGCUUCACAGUCAUUGACCUCACCACACGUCAUAUGUUGGUGUUUUUAUCAAAGCAUUUCGGUAUACCAGCGCAACAAGAGCACGAGAUUUAUAUGAAAAGAAAUAAGAAGAAAAUCAAAGAAGGGAUUAUUCUAAAGAAAUCUCAACUAAUUUAAAUUUAGGGAAAACGAAACGAAAAUUUCCCUUCCAAUUCCCUGUUAACUAAUUACGAGCAAGGAUAAUAAGAAGUACAGAGACUAUGGGAUUAGUGAUUUUUCUUUUUUUUUCUAUGAAUGAAUCCAUUAAACCCAACGUAAGUAAUUAAGUUACAUAGCGAGAAAAAUAAAAACAUAAGAUCAUUUAUAAUUCCUGUUAAAAAAAAGGCUUAGAACUAAGAUUUAAACAAACGUAUAGUAUUAAUUUCUCAUUAUUAAAACCAUAAACAAAAUCUGAAGGUUAAACAAAACCUACAUAUUUUAACAGUAAAUUUGUAAAAAACAAACAAACGUCUCCUGCAUGUAUUAAAUGCGUUCAGUUCAACGUAAAACACACACACAUAUAUAUAGUUUCAAUUAGUUAAUUGGUUUUGAAUAACAUAAAUUUUACAAGAUAAAACAAUUCAAAAUAUAAGUAAAAAGGAUUAAUUGGAUAAUAUAUAUUUCAGAAUUAAAUAUUGAAGAUCAUUAAAAUAGUCAAACGAAAACAUGUUUAAUCUUUCAUAAUAUCAUUAAAAAAACUCCAAACUAGGUUUUGAACCCAGUUAUUUAGAAUGAGCGAAAGUAAUGGCAACAACUCCACUUUUUUGACAAAAUACCUAGUCUAUCCGCAUUAUAAUUUGAAAACUUAAUUUCUUAUAAAAAAUAUUUGCGGGAAAAAAAA